CCACAAGCCAGGACGUCAAUUGCGCAAUCAUGGCCUCGAUUAUGCGACCAGCUGUGCUGCGCCCGACUGCCAUGGCGGCGCGCAUGGUCAAGACCCCUGCCAUCCGCUCUGCCUUUCGGCCCGCCAUUCAGAAGGAGGUGAUGAGCAACGCCAUCAGGGCAUCAGCAUUCCAUACCACAAGCAAGAGAGAUAUUCUUCCCCCGCCGCCCCAGGUCAUCCAAGGAGGAGUCAACGACCCCGUCCCCAUCCCCGACCCGAGCCCGUCCCACGGCUCCUACCACUGGACCUUCGAGCGCCUCCUCGCCGGCAGCCUGGUGCCCCUCACCCUGACCCCCUUCGCCGCCGGCUCCCUCAACCCCACCCUCGACGCCGUCCUGUGCGCCGCCAUCCUGGUGCACUCGCACCUCGGCUUCCAGACCAUCAUCGUCGACUACGUCCCCGCCAAGCGCUUCCCCACCGCCCGGAAGAUCUCCACGUGGGGCUUGAACCUGGCCACCGCCCUCGUCGGCCUGGGUCUGUACGAAUUCGAGACCAACGAUGUCGGUGUCACCGAGGCCAUCAGGAGGGUGUGGACCGCAUAGAAGACGGAAAAAGAAAAAAAAAACAAUUGGCAGAAACAGAAUGGGAUGGGAAGGGAAAACGAGCGGUGCGG